AUGGCCGCGCUCGCCAGCUCCCUGAUCCGGCAGAAGCGCGAGAUCCGCGACCCGGUGGCCAGCCGUCCGGUCUCCGCCCAGCGGAAGGUCUGCCCGCGGGGCACCAAGUCCCUCUGCCAGAAGCAGCUCCUCAUCCUCAUCUCCAAGGUCCGGCUGUGCGGGGGGCGCAAGGGGCGCCUCGAGAAGAGCCCCGAACCGCAAUUAAAAGGCAUCGUCACCAAGCUGUUCUGCAGGCACGGGUAUUACCUCCAAGUCCACCCGGACGGGACCAUCGAUGGGACGAGAGAGGACACCGAUGGCUUCACUCUCUUCAAUCUGAUUCCAGUGGGUCUCCGGGUGGUUGCCAUCCAGAGCACCAAAUCAGGCCAGUACAUCGCCAUGAACGCCGAGGGCUAUCUCUAUACCUCUGCUCACUUCACCACCGAGUGCCGUUUCAAAGAGUGCGUCUUUGAGAACUAUUACGUCAUGUAUUCCUCCACCCUCUACCGGCAACGGGAAUCCGGGCGGUCGUGGUACUUGGGCAUCAACAAAGACGGGCAGGUGAUGAAGGGGAACCGAGUCAAGAAGACUAAAGCUGCUGCCCACUUCCUCCCAAAGCUGCUGGAAGUGGCGUUGUAUCGUGAGCCUUCCUUACACAACGUGGUGGAGCUGGCCCUGGCGAAGAAAGCCGAUGAAGGCAGCGCGCCUGGACCGCCCCCUGUCAAAGAGAUUUCCAAGGCGGAAGCGACGUAGCCAAGAGGAGGGGGGUGCCUCCAGUCUCCUCCACCCCCUGCCUCCCUAGUGCGAGUUCGGGGCACACGUACCUCACCUUCAACGGCCACUCUUUGAACUGUGCCCUAAACGCUCAUUUUCAACCCUUCCUUAAUCCCUCCUCAGGAUGGGUUUCUUCCCAUUUCGUCUUCGGACACGGGACACCCAGCAAAGUCUGGCCAGAAAGGCGAAGAGGCCAUUGGGCCACUGACUGAACCAAUUCUGGAUGAGAAGAAAUGACACACACACCCCUCACGGGCAUUCACUUCAAGCCAUAGGAAACCAUGUGGCGUCCAGCCACUGAGGAAGGCAAUGUUGUGAUGCUUCAGGGGGGCAGACAUCCAUUUCCUACAAUGUGACAAAUACAUUGUGGGGGGGGGAUUUACCCCUCCAUCGGGCAGGAAUUCUUGUGUCUCUCGGAUCAUUCUUAGCCCUUUUUAAAAGAGGGCCUAUUCCAGUCUUCCGUUCAAACAAAAUGGCGCAUUUACGGUGCUUUGCACUUUCUCCUGUGUCGACAACAUGAUCUCACACACCACAUCAGGGAGAAGCAGGUUGGAAAGGGGGGGGAGGGACGCUGUAUCACCAACUACAGGGAUAAAAAGAUCUUCCGUUUCAUAAUAAUUUUUUAAAGAAAUGGCGAUGGCGUGCCGUUUCCACCCACUAGAUGGCAGCAUUCUCCCAAUGUGGAUUCUUGACAAGUUUUCUGGAGAUUUUGGGAUUUAUGAGGAACAGCAGCGAUGAAGAGUGUGAAUUUCCUUUGGGGAGAGGGAACAAGUCCGAUGUUGCUUUAACCAGCUCAGGUCGCUGAGGCUGUUCUCUCCUCUUGAUCCAGACGGAGGGGAUAAGCUUAACUGCAUUGAUAAUGAACCUGAUUCUAAUCAGAUUUCUAAAAAAGGUGGGAUCUUCCGCCAGAGGUCAGUUCUGGCCCAAUGGAAGGACACUAUGCUGUCUUCGCCCUUUGAAUCCUUCCAAAAUAAAUAAAUUGCAAUGCCAGUGCAGGAGUUUCCUGUUGCUAAGGAUUCAAAUUUUGUGACUGGAUUCCCACCUCUCUUGCAGCAAAAAGAGAAAAGACUGCAAUACCAUUUUCAACCACCAGGAGUCGACAUUUUCCUAUCAGGAAUGAAGAUAUUUUAAGCUUCCUAGGAGAACAUUGCCCCCCAAAUGUGUAAUACCCUUUCUGGCCACUGGAUGGCAACAUUGCAUUCAAAGAGGCUGUGAAUACUGUAUGUAACUGAUGCGUGGUGUGACUGCUUCCCCGGAAGGACAAUGCAAUAUUUUUAUUUGGCCACUGAGUGGCAACACAGUCAUUGCAGUCCCUGGGGGCAUGCAGGGGCUUUUCAAUAUUUUGCAAGUCUCGCUGCUCCUGCAUGUGGAACUUUGGGAAAC